CGGGUGGGGGCGGGCUGAGGUUUCCGAGGAGGAAGGAGCCGCCGCCAUUUUGGGAGCUUCGAGUCAACAAUAAAGGACCGAGGGUACCGAGCGGGAGUGGCCUCGGCGAUUGAAGUGAGUGAAUUCAGAUAUAAUUCAUCCUUGUUAGAGGGCUUUUUAAAAAAUACAAGUUGAUUCGGUGCAUGAGAGCAAGUUACUGCUGCUUACCGUUCAGAGACUUACAGGUGCUUGCCUGCAUUGCAAUAAAGGACUCAAUAUAUUGAGCAAGACUUAUAUUUAUCUCUUCGUUUUGGAGAGCCUAAUAAACUGUUAUUACAGUUUCUCUACUGACUUUCAAAAGUUUUAAAGUUUGAAAGAGACAUCUUUACAAUUAACACAGCAUGAGCACGGCCAGAACAGAGAACCCUGUUAUAAUGGGUCUUUCCAGUCAAAAUGGUCAGCUGAGGGGCCCUGUGAAGCCCAGCAGUGGCCCUGGAGGAGGGGGAACACAGACACAGCAACAGAUGAACCAGCUGAAAAACACCAACACAAUCAAUAAUGGCACUCAACAGCAAGCACAGAGUAUGACCACCACUAUUAAACCUGGUGACGACUGGAAAAAGACUUUAAAACUCCCUCCAAAGGAUCUAAGAAUCAAAACUUCGGAUGUGACCUCCACAAAAGGAAAUGAGUUUGAAGAUUACUGUUUGAAACGGGAGUUGCUGAUGGGAAUUUUUGAAAUGGGCUGGGAAAAGCCAUCUCCUAUUCAGGAGGAGAGCAUUCCCAUUGCUUUAUCUGGUAGGGAUAUCUUAGCUAGAGCAAAAAAUGGAACAGGCAAGAGUGGUGCCUACCUCAUUCCCUUACUUGAACGGCUAGACCUGAAGAAGGACAAUAUACAAGCAAUGGUGAUUGUUCCCACUAGAGAACUUGCUCUACAGGUCAGUCAAAUUUGCAUCCAGGUCAGCAAACACAUGGGCGGGGCCAAAGUUAUGGCCACCACAGGAGGAACCAAUUUACGGGAUGACAUAAUGAGGCUUGAUGAUACAGUGCACGUGGUGAUAGCUACCCCUGGGAGAAUCCUGGAUCUUAUCAAGAAAGGAGUAGCAAAGGUUGAUCAUGUCCAGAUGAUAGUAUUGGAUGAGGCUGAUAAGUUGCUGUCACAGGAUUUUGUGCAGAUAAUGGAGGACAUUAUUCUCACGCUACCUAAAAACAGGCAGAUUUUACUGUAUUCUGCUACUUUUCCUCUUAGUGUACAGAAGUUCAUGAAUUCCCAUUUGCAAAAACCCUAUGAGAUUAACUUGAUGGAGGAACUAACUCUGAAGGGAGUAACCCAGUACUACGCAUAUGUAACUGAGCGCCAAAAAGUACACUGCCUCAACACACUUUUUUCCAGGCUUCAGAUAAACCAGUCAAUCAUUUUCUGUAACUCCUCUCAGCGAGUUGAAUUGCUAGCCAAGAAGAUUUCCCAACUGGGUUAUUCUUGCUUCUAUAUCCAUGCUAAAAUGAGGCAGGAACAUCGAAAUCGUGUAUUUCAUGAUUUUCGAAAUGGCUUAUGCCGCAAUCUUGUUUGCACUGAUCUGUUUACCCGAGGUAUUGAUAUACAAGCUGUGAAUGUGGUGAUAAACUUUGACUUCCCAAAGCUGGCAGAGACCUAUCUCCAUCGUAUUGGACGAUCAGGUCGCUUUGGUCACCUUGGCUUGGCCAUCAAUUUGAUCACGUAUGAUGAUCGCUUCAACCUGAAAAGUAUUGAGGAACAGCUGGGAACAGAAAUUAAACCCAUCCCAAGCAACAUUGACAAGAGCCUGUAUGUGGCAGAAUACCACAGCGAGCCUGUAGAAGAUGAGAAACCUUAACAAGCAUGUGUGUACCUGACAGAAUAUCCCAAGCUUUGACAAACUACAGAAGGCCGUUUGGAUCUGUGACACAUCAUUUUGGGGGGGAAUGCUCUUCUCUUUGUGGGUUUUUCAUCUUCUUUUAUUUUGGAACUAUAUGAAGACUUAAAAGAGCGCAGACUUUUUUUUUUUUUUUUUUUUUUUAACUGUUGAAGAGAAGAAAGCUGAAAAGAAGGAAUAUACCUUUUUUGUUCCACUUGUUUGCACUGUGUGCUGACUGAACAUUAGUUGCACUAACUGCUGGUUUUUAAAAUAUGUUUUCUGGGGAAGGGGGACAAGGAAGGAGGAGAAAGAAGAGAAGGGGAGAAACCCUGAAAAGAGAAGAAUCUUGAUGAACACACAAGCUUGUCUACAAUUUCAGAAUUCUCCAACAGCUGACUUCCGAGUGCAUUUCAACUUCUCCCUGAUUACUCAUCCGUUUUUUAAGCCUAAAGAGCUUAUUACUUAUUUGUGCGAAGUGCCUUAUGCUAUGAGACCAUUCAGAAUAUCAUCUUUCAGACACAGCCCAAGGAAUCAACAAUAGUAAUUCUUUUCUUUUU